AUGCAAGGCACGAAAAUUUUGCUGUGGGCUGUAAUUCACAGUCAGCGGAUGCAGACCCUGACAACCUGUCGCUAUGCCCAUUCAGCGGCAUCAACAAUCCCCUGGAUCAACAGUCGCGCCCACCCUCCAAACGCCGUAGAGCAAAGUACACUACUUCCGUGCCUCAAGUCUGGCGAAAGGAGUGAUCUACACGCGCGUAAACGACGGAGAUACUCCGAAGAUCAAGACCGGCCUGUGCCCCCUCCUCCCUCGAAAGGAAAAUUCAAGACGCGGAAGGGCAAGGACAGGUGGGAAGCUGUCGAGAACUCUUCACUACUUGUGAGGCCCAGAAAAGCAGUCAUCGGAAAGAAACCCGAGUCAAUAGCUGUAAGAACAAGGCAAGACGAAGACAGUGUGCCAUUUGAGAAUGGGAACAGGAGGGUUCCCAAGGGCCGCACCCCUCCGUCAACAAGUGAAGCAGAAGAUGGUGACAAGGGGAGGCUGGUCUCGAAGGGGAACAGGGCAUUGUUCCUCCCACACAAUCCAAAAGAGUGGCAGGUUCAAAAAAAGGCAUUGUUGCAGAAGUUCAAGGACGAGGGUUGGAAGCCGCGGAAGAGAUUGUCGCCAGACACGCUUGAUGGAAUCAGGGCGCUUCACGAGCAGGACCCGGAGAGGUACUCUACUCCUGCUCUUUCUGAACACUUCAAAAUCUCUCCUGAGGCGAUCCGCCGUAUUCUGAAGAGUAAAUUCCGGCCGUCGGAGGCUCAGCUGCAGGACCGGAGGGAAAGAUGGGCACGGCGACACGAUAGGAUCUGGGACCAAAAGACCGAGCUUGGACUACGUCCUAAGAGGACAGGUGAAAGGCGGCUGGAAGAGCCUGAGGAAUUUGAAGAGAAUCUCAAAGCGAAAGAAUUGUUGGAUGCGGCACGGAGCAGUUGA